CACUGACAUGGACAGAGGUGAUGGACGCACCAAGUACUUGCUGCGUGGUGAGGGGGCGGGGUCAGUGUUUGUGAUUGACGAGAAGACAGGCAACAUCCAUGUCACCAAGCCCCUGGAUCGUGAGGAGAAGGACGAGUACCGCCUCAUCGCUACAGCAACCGACCGGCAGACCGACCGGGCCCUGGAGCCAUCAUCCACGUUCAUCAUCAGAGUACAGGACAUCAACGACAACCCCCCUCUGUUUGAGGAUGGGCCCUACAGCGCCACCGUGCCUGAGAUGGCCAACAUAGGUACUUCUAUAAUCCAGGUGACAGCGACAGAUGCUGACGACCCAACCUAUGGGAACAGUGCCAGGCUGGUGUACACACUUGUGCAGGGACAGCAGUUCUUCUCUGUGGACCCACAGACAGGUAUCCUGCGUACAGCAGUGCCUGAUAUGGACAGAGAAACCCAGGACCAAUACCUGGUUGUCCUGCAGGCCAAGGACAUGGGGGGCCAUCUGGGAGGUCUCUCAGGGACCACUACUGUCACUGUCAGGCUGAGUGACGUCAACGACAACCCUCCUCGCUUCACCCAGA